UGCGCGGCUGCGGCGCGGCCAUGGAGCUGCCCCGGGGACGGCUGCUGGCGGUCAGCGACGAGCUGGACGGGGCCGAGCUGGCGGCGCUGAAGUUCCUCUGCCGGGAUCACAUCCCCUGGAGGAGGCUGGAAGCCGUCUGGACCCCUCACGACUUGUUCGAAGCGCUGCAGGAGAAGGGCUUGCUGGAGCCGGGGGACCUGGCCUUCCUCAGGGAGCUGCUCUACCGCAUCGGGCGGAUCGACCUCCUGGUUGCCCACCUGUGCUCCAGCCGGGAGCAGGUGGAGAGGGAGCUGCGGGCGCCGGGCGGGGCGCGGGUGCCGCCCUUCAGAUACUUGCUCUUUCAGCUGUAUGAAGAUGUCAUCGAAGACGAGCUGAUGUAUUUCAAGUUACUUUUGGCCAACGAAUUGCCAAAAAGCAAGCUAACCCGUGAGACUACAAUGCUUGACGUUCUCACUGAGAUGGAGAAGAAGGGCCUUCUGGGGAAAGACAACCUAAGUAUGCUGAAGAGUCUCUGUGAAAAAAUUAACAUCAGCCUGUGGAACAGAAUUGAAGAUGGAUUAAAGCUGUUUGGCCAAGAAGAGACGCUCAUCACAGAGGAACAGAGGGGCAGCACAGGAUACCCUGAGGGACAUCUAGUGUCAUCUGUAGCGCCUGGUCCUCCUGGCAGUUUUAAUGACCCUUCCCAGCUGCUUGAAGCAUACAAAAUGACCAGCCGACCCUGUGGAGUGUGCCUGAUCAUGAAUAACCACAAUUUUGCAAAAGCUAGGGAAGGAGUGCUGGAACACAAACACAUGAAAGAUCGGAAUGGGACAGACGUGGAUGCAGCGGCUCUGAGGAAUGUCUUUAGCAAGCUUCAUUUUACAGUAGAAGAAUAUAGAGAUCUCACUGCACAAGAAAUCCGUGAGACUGUGAACAUCUUCCGGAGUGCAGACCAUGAGGACAAGGACUGUUUUGUUUGCUGUAUCCUAUCUCAUGGGAAAAAAGGCAUUAUAUAUGGUGUUGAUGGGCAGGAAGUACCUAUCAGGGAACUGACCACUUCUUUCACUGCACAGAAUUGCAAUUCACUUGCUGGAAAACCAAAAGUUUUUUUUAUUCAGGCCUGCCAAGGUGAAGCUUUCCAUCAAGGUGUGACCAUCGAAACAGAUUCUGGAGAGCAAGAUUCUUCUGUGGAGCAAGACGCGAGGCUUCAGCUCGAGUGCAUCCCUGCAGAGGCAGACUUCCUCCUGGGCAUGGCCACCCUGCAGGAUUACGUCUCCUACAGAAGUCCCAAGGAGGGAACCUGGUAUAUACAGGCACUGUGCCAGCGCUUGGAGUACAGCUGUCCUCGAGGGGAAGAUAUUCUCACCAUCCUGACAGCCGUAAAUCAAGAAGUGAGCAGAAAAACUUGUGAGCGGGGCACAAAGAAGCAGAUGCCACAGCCCAGUUUCACCCUGAGGAAGAGACUCAUCUUUCCUGUCAACUAAAUGGGAGGCAACUGCAAGCCAGAGAGAGCUGCUGCAGCCUGGAAUGGGCUGGUUUCAGAAUUCAGUCAAACACAACAGACUUUCAGUGCCUGCUCUUAGCUCAAGGGCAGAUAUUUUUAAUUUAAACUACAAUUAAGGAUAAAAAGCCUUAAGAAAUUUGUAUUGAUACAUUAAUUUGUAUUAAUACUUUAUACUUGAGAACAUCUCUGAGCUUGUCUCUGAUUUAUUUCUGAUCUCUCUCAGUGUUUUGCUGGCAAAAUUCUACUCAGUGUCUUUUUAUCAGCUCUACCACAUUGCUACUGCUGUCAUAAGGUAUUUACAAGGCAACUUUUAGAAGACAACUGUUAUAAAGCUUUGUGUACUUUAUGCCUAACCUUUGCAAAAUAAAGGGAGGAGUGCUGUAAAUUUUA